AUGGGAUCGCAGGCAAGCCGCCCAGACUGCCAGAGCCCCCGUGACGGCCACGGCUCCCCUCCCCUUCUUUGCCCUGAGGGUUGGACUGCAGACAGGGUACUGGUCUCCGACAGGGUGCCAGAUUCAGGGGACAGUGUUGGAUUAGCGGCCGGCAUUGCACAGGCCAGGGCUAGAAGGGAUUACUCCGCCCUGAAGUCUCUCUUGAGGCAGGUCGCGGAGAGCAAUUACAAGUUGCGCCGCCGCUGGCAGACUGCUCGGACAGUUCCAGUCAGCCACGCCCAGUGCAUGGAAUUCGCAGGUAAAGGCCAUAACUCACCGAAUCUUUCUUUCUCCACGAUGUCCACAGCAGAUGCACUGCUGCACUUCGGAAGACAGAGAGGUGCCGUGGUGUGCGGGCUGAACUUUGCCAAUGGUGAGACCGCUGGAGGGGGAUACAAGAAGGGAGCUACAGCGCAGGAGGAGGACCUGUGCAGGCGAGUCCCAACGCUUUACUCCGCUUUGUUCCAGGCCGAGAAGGCUGGCCUUUACCCUUUCGGGCCUUCGACCUGUUGGUUUGGAUGCAGGCCCGAGAAGUACGCGGAUGUCUUAUAUACUUCUGAUUUGGUGGUCGCGCGAGAAGGUGAAGAGGGUGGCUUUGCACUGCUCCCAGAGCACCGGCAGGCCCGGGUGUCUCUGGUGUCAGCGGCGGCGCCAAACGUGAAGUUCAAGAGCGAGGUGAGCAACCCUGCCUUGAUAUACAGGGCCAUCCAAAGUAUUUUCAUUGCACCUGUGAUGAUUGAGCCGCACGUGAACACUCUUGUUCUCGGUGCCUGGGGUUGUGGAGCUUUCGGAGGUGAUCCUGCACAGAUCAGCGACAUGUUCACACAGGCACUCGUUCACGACAACCUUGGGCAUCCGUACAGAGAAGUUCAUUUUGCAAUCCCGCCUGGCAAGAAUUGCGACGUCUUCCUGGAGCACUUCCGCAGGCACAAGCUGAAGGUGCGGAUACUGAAGUGA